UAUACGUAUCAUUUCAAGCGCAGUAUUAAAACACAAGAUAAGCACGAGUUGAGCAUUGCAGAGUACUCAAAAUUCAGCCGGGGAAAAGAAAUUAUAAGCUUUUUAUCGUAGUUAGAGACUCUAAAUAAAAAUUUCAUCUAACCUAUACCAAAAAUGGACGAUACCUUUUUGCAGGACGAGGAGCCAACUUUUGACAGGGCUACCUUGGAAAUCAAAAAUGAAAACAUCGAUACCAUAAGCUCACGAAGUGUAAAAAAUAAAGAUGCCGGUGUAACAUCAUCGUCCGAUGCUAAUAGUGUUCCUGUGGGUGUUCCUGGUAUUCCAUACACUCGGAUAGACUGUCAUACAUUUUUCUCGGAUAGGAACGACGUUGUAGAAAGAGCCCUGGCUGAUUGCAAGCGCGAUUUACUUAGUAGCGCAGAAGAAGAUGAACUUAUUGGAACAUGGAUGCUUACUGAGAUAAGUUUAUGGGACACGGAAAAAGAAAGAUUAGUUCUUUUGACCAAACAUUCCUUGUAUACUGUUAAAUAUGAUCUUAUAUCAUUGAGAAUAUUAGAAUAUAAUCGAUUAUCUUUAGAAGAUAUUGAUACAUUAGUUGCUGGACAACUUGUUUAUCCACCUGCCUCACUAUUGCCACGCUUGAAUGGGUUUGCGGAAGGUUUUUCUUCAUUAAUACAUAGUGCUGUGCGGCAAGAAUGGUCCUCCAUUACUUCACUAUCGAGCACUGCUCAAUUCGAACCAAGGAAUCGAAAUAUGUUUGGUAUGAGAUUGAUGUGGAAUAAGGGACAACCAUUAUCUGUGGAUAAAAAAUGGAAUCCUUUUGCCAAAAACAUUCCAUGGUUAACAUUUUCAAGUCAUCCUCUCUAUUGGCAUAAAGGAUCAGAGUCUGAUAGAACUAAGUAUGAUGUUCAUGAACUUCAUUCAACAUUAUUGGAAUUAUUACCAGAAAGUUGUCAAAAGCUUGAUAACUCUAUUGUCAUUGAAAACUAUGUUGGUUUAGGUUCUUUGGUGCACAACCGAACAGGCCUUGGAUUCUUUAAAAUUCGAGGGAAAAUCAGUUUUUGAAUUUUACCUCUCAUUUAUAUUCCUUAAAACAAUUUCCUUCUCAUUGUUAUUGUUUUUUUCUAUUGUUUCUCCUCUUGAUAAAAAUAUUUCAAAAUACUAAUAAAAAUCAAAAGCCUAAUACAUAAUGAAAAACACAGAGGAAAAAGAUUCAAACAAGGGAGGAAAAAAAAAGAAAAAAUCUUUAAUAGAUUACUUAUAUGUCUACAUAUUUUAUCAUGUGUUAAAGCUUUGUGCUGCUGUAAUGUUUUUUGUAAUUUGGAACUAUGUGAAGAGUUAUUGGAGUUAAUGGUCUUGACAGAAAAUCUAAUUAAUACAACCUAGAUAGUAAUUAAAUACUAUUUACUUUUAUUUUAAUUUAUGAAUAGAAAUUCUGUAUACAGAAUUGAUUAGCUCAACUAAAUAAAAGUUACAGAUAGGUCUAACUUAAAAUUGAUAGAAGUAUGAAUAGUCAACGAAUAUUCUUAAAUUCUAUUGUAUGAAGAUUUUUAAUGAUAAUAUAAAAGUUUAUUGCUAAAAUGGCAAAAUUUUACUAAUUUUAUAUACAUGUAUAUCUUUCAAAAAUUAUUUUUUAAUCUCCGAAGCUCGUAUAUAUAUAAAUAUUCCAAUAGAACACUUUCGAAAAUUUGGUAGGAAAACAGUAACACGUUGAGUGAAUAUUUGGUCUUAUUUACAGGCAAAAAAUUACAAAGUUCAGUUAUUAUGAUUCCAUCC